GGGCGAAGCCAACUAAAAAGAUAUGGCAACGCUCGAAGCAGCUUCCAGUGCGGAGGAGGAUCCCUUUGCGCCGUACUACUUUCAGCAGGAGGAACAGCUGAUUUGUGGGCAGCUGGUGAGCCCCAUUACGGACUGCUAUGAUGCCAUGAUGAACUAUCCCAGCAUGGUGGAUCGCUUCUUUACACGCUACUAUUAUAUCAAAGCUGGAGCUGCCUACCAGGUGCUCUAUCACUCCAAUCGCAUUUGCCUCGUUUGCCUGGCGCCCACGCAUCCCGCCUACGGCGAGGGCAUUGCCACGGUCAGCUACAAUGUGGGCAGCGUCGAUCGCAGCCAGAAUGUGGUCAAGGGCAAGGCCAAGAAGGGCGGCAUGAUACUGCAGGCGGACACAACGCUGGCCGUGCUCACCACAGACGCAGGCAACACCUAUAAAAUACCCAGCUGCAUACGCGGCAAACUCGUCGAGGUCAACACGGCGCUGCUGACGGACGCCAAGCAGCUGCAGCUGGCGCCAGAGGGUGCCGGGUACUUUGCCAUCUUGCUGCCCAAGAUCGAGAACUGCGACGAUAUCAAGGCCAGUUUGUUGACACAGCAGCAAUACGAGGAGCAGCGGAAAAGGGGCGAAACAUGACGGCGGGCGAUGC